AUGCUGACUGGUCCGUCCAAGAAGCAGGAUCCCGAAAAGCAGCCUGACCAUGUGGCACCAACCCCUGUGGAAAUUGACCCCGUUCAGCUGGUGGAUGAACCGCCCACUGCGGAAGAGUUGGAAACCUUACCACGUGUUUGUGAUAAGAUCCCAUACGCCAUAUUCUUCAUCGUGGUGGCCGAGGUGGCUGAGCGAUUCACGUAUCGGUCCUUGACAGGCCCAAUGCAAAACUACAUUCAGAACCCGUUUCAUGACACAGACCACCCUGGGGCCCUGGGGAAGGGCCAAGCGACGGCCACGGCGAUAGGAUACUUUUUUACGUGCUGGUGUUACCUGACACCAAUCUUUGGCGCAAUCAUUGCAGACAGCUGGUUGGGUCGCCUCAAGACGAUUUUGAUUGGAACGACCACUGCCACUGUCGGCGUGUUAAUUUUAUUCAUCACCUCCAUACCCCUCUGCUUAGAGAAGGGCGCCGGAUUCCCGGGACUGAUCGUCGCGCUGUUCAUUAUUGGAUUGGGCGCGGGGGGAAUCAAGAGCAAUGUCGGGCCUCUUGUGGCGGAGCAAUACGUGAACAAGAAGGCCCGAGUGAGCGUCGACUCUGAUGGCCGCCGCGUGAUAAUAGACCCGGAUAUCACGAUUCAGACGAUAUUCAGUCGCUACUAUUGGAUCAUGAAUAUUGGCGCUUGCUCAGGGUUGAUCGCAACUUGGCUGGAGCUUAGAGUCGGCUUUUGGGGCACAUUCUUGAUCCCUUUAUGCAUCUACGCCGUGGCUGUCAUUGUGCUGGUUCUGGGCCGUCACAAAUAUGUCACACGUCCGGCCGAGGGCUCCAUAGUGCCCAAGGCGGUUCAGGCUCUCUGGAUCGGUUUCAGAAACAAUAGAAACAUGGACAUGGCCAAGCCUUCAAAUAUGAUGGAACAAAGCGGAACGUCCAACGUAUCCUGGGAUGAUCACUUUGUGGACGAAAUCAAGGUGGCCUUGACUGCUUGUCGAGUCCUUCCUUUGUUUUGGCUUAGCCAUGGAACUUCAAUCGGCAAUGUGAUUAGUUUGGCUGCUGAGAUGAAAACUUUCGGCCUUCCCAACGACCUCUUGGCGGGAAGUGUCAAUCCUCUGAGUAUUCUGAUUCUUAUCCCUAUCUUCGAUCGUUUCCUGUACCCGGCACUGCGCCGUAUGAACAUCCAGUUCCUACCGAUUACGAGGAUCUCGUUUGGUUUCCUUGCCAUGUCAGGUGCAAUAGCACUUGCAGCUGGGCUUCAGUCUCUUGUGUAUUCCUCGCCAUCCGAGUCCAUAAACUUCUUCUCCAUAUUCCCGAUCUAUGUCUUGACCGCGGUGUCCGAAAUCCUAGCCUUUGUCAGCAGCAUGGAAUACGCCUACACAAAAGCUCCUCGGUCCAUGAAGAGUCUGGUUGCCUCGAUUAACCUCCUGUUAUGCGCCGUCGGCUCGCUCCUGGGGCUGGCCAUUUCGCCAACCUCGGAAAAGCCGCGAGUCAUGGUUCAGUUCGCUAGUCUCAGUGGGAUAAUGUUCAUAGCAGCCAUUGCCUUCUAUGUGCUGUUCUCUAAAUAUAACAAGGAAGAGGAAAAGAUGAACAGCGUAGAGAGAGGAACGGACGAUGAUGACACUACUCAGGCGUAA